AAGAAACCGAAAUGGCCAAAAAGGCAAAAUCAUCAAUCAGAUUGAAUCGUUCUGAAUCGUGAUUCGUCCGUCCGCUACCUCUGACUUUUCGUCCUCGCGUUAUCAAUUGAAAGACAAAACCCAGCUCCGUUCUACAUCCUCUCGCCGUCGCCAUAACCGCAUCUCAACAGCCAUUCACCUCCCUCGGUCGCGAUCACGGGCCAGCUGCCCGUCUCUCGAAUUUUGACCCUCGCCGCCACCACCGGCUACCCCCCUAGGCGUUCCUCCGCGUAAAUACCGCCGGUCGAGCAACCGUUCCGUCCAUCCCGCUUCCCUCCAUCACAAGCCAGAACUUGAGUCUGAUCCUCCCAUCUAGUAAGGGUGCACCCUAUAUCUGCCAGCAGGAGGGUAUAAUUUGCUUGAGCUGAUUUCAAGGUUAUAUCACUUGCGAGAGAUGGACAAUGACAAUGAUUUCACCUUCUGCAAGGUAGCUUCAUCUGCUGAUGGAGAUGAUGCCAAGGCAAAGACUCUGGCGUCAGAGAUUGGCGGAAUAACAAUUGAAGAUGACAAGUCGACAAGAAUGAGUGACGAUAAGGGUAGUAGUGUUGUCUGGAAAGAUGGUGUCUCUUCUAAGGAGGAGAAAACUGCUGGAACAUUGUCUUUUACUGUCGUUGAUAAAUCAACACCACAACAGUCUAGUGAUUUAUCGCCACAGGUAGCAUCUGGAAAUGGUGACACUUCUGCUAAGAGUACGCAAAGACGGACUCCUGCUAGGAAGCCUGCAGUCCGAGCCAAGGUCCCUUUUGAAAUAGGGCAUAGCCAAAUGGAUUGGCUUAACCUAACUCGAACUCACCCCGAUCUUGCAGGAUUAAACGGACAAUCAAACAAGAGAUUGAUUUCCAUAGAUGAAGUUAAACAACACCGGGCAGAAGGUUCAAUGUGGACUGUGCUGAAAGGUCGUGUGUACAAUUUGUCCCCAUACAUGAAGUUUCAUCCGGGAGGUGUUGAUAUGUUGAUGAAGGCAGUUGGCAAGGACUGUACAUCACUAUUCAGUAUCCUUUUCCAGUUUAUACUCAUUUUAGUUUCAUUAAUUUGUCCAAAAUUACAGAUGAAAGAGAGUUGGUUUUGCAUAUUCAAUUUGCAAUCCUUAUUGCUUCAUUACCAGACAAAUACCACGCUUGGGUGAACGCAGAAUUCUUGAUGGAGAAAUGUCUGGUUGGGAUUUUAGAUGACAGUAAGUGAAGAUCAAAUUGUUCCAUUUGUUUCGACUUCUAGCUUUUCUUCUCAUUUACUUCACCCCAUUAUACGUUGUAUGCAUGAAAUAAGCUUAAUUGUUGUAACUUAGCUUCCAAAUAUGCUCCAGAAGAUGCAAAAUGUUGUGACAGAGAGUUGGAUUAGCAUCUCUUUCUGUAGUACCUUUAUCAUCUCAAGUCUCAACAUUGCUGAAGAAUGGAGCAGAGAAUCUUACAUAUGUUGUUCAUAGGCUAUCAGGCCUCAGCGAUACAUUGUCGCUCUGCUUAGAUUGCUUUUCGUGUCAAUCCUCUUUCUGAUUUUCCUGGUAUCUCUAGUAACGUACUAAUGUUCAAGAUUUCUUGGCAAUAUUAGUUGAAUUGCCGUGAUAUGUACAAACUUACUAAAGGUCAUCUGUGGUUGCUUGAUAGAUUUUUAUCGAUGGAUUUUGAACUCAUCUAGGUUGUAGAUUUUCUGUAAUGAUUGAGUUCAAAAUGUACUAUGAAUGGAUUGUUUCAAAUUACACUCAUGUAAAAACUCUCAAUUACACUCAUAAAGACAACCUUAUAUUAUGUG